CCCAAGACGGCCCAAUAGAGACUCCGUAGCUAUGUUGGUUCAAAACGGCCCAAGAGGCUUCCGAAAACGCCACACAACGGUCAAAGACGGUUGGCUCCAGGUAGCCUCCGGGCCUUGAGCCAUUGAGUGCUUUUGAGAUGCCGAGGCUGGCCCCCCGAGGGGCUGACUUGUCGCCCCCGGGCGUUGGCGCCCAGCCCGACGUCCUGCGAGACAGGAGCACUAAACCGGCCCGGCGCGCCGGGGCCCGUCACGGUCGGGCGCUGCGAGGUCCCGGGCGGCGGGGCCGAGGGCCACGUCUUGCCGCGGACGCUCUCGGUACAGCCGGUCGCCGGCUCCACCGCCAGUUUGCGCGCGAUCCCUGCAAACGUCGGGAUGAACGUCGCAAUGUCUUCCGCAGCUACGGAGACAAGUACAGACACUCCGGGGAGCUCGACCGGUACGACCAGUUCUGGUCGUACAGCCGGCACGCUUCGCCGAUUAUGAACUUCAUCGCUCUCUUGAUUUAUUAUCACGCUUGGUUGGCCUUCUUGGCGGGAGCUGCCGCGUCCACGGCCACGGCCUUGCUGUUGCCGACAGAGGUGUCUUCAGCACAGGUGUCAGUGAAUGGCUAUCGCGCAGGCCUUCCGUGCAUGGCAGCCAGGCUGUGUGUGUCUCUGGUGGUGAUGUUUGCGUGGCCGAGUCGGCAGCGCGUGUUCUUGGAUAGGGCGUGCAUUUCCCAGGGCGACGAGACGGCGAAACGGAACGGCAUUUUGAGCCUCGCCUACUACCUGAGGAUGUCGCGGAGUGCUUGUUGUUUGUGACAAAUCGAAUUUCCAGCGGCUUUGGUGUCUCUUCGAGCUUGCGGCUUUCCUGACUGUGCACUCGGAUCGGAAGCAGGCCUUAGAUAACGCGCUGCAUGUGCUGCCUUCCAUUUACGGAGGCAUGCUCGCAGUUUUGUUGAUCGGCCAGACGAUCUUCAAUGUUGCCACCCGUUGCCUCCUGAAAGGCGUUGACGAUCUCCAGUCGAUGUUCGGUGCGCUAUCGCCUCAUGAGAUCUUAAUGCGGGUGGCUUCCUUCUCGAUGACCUUCUGUAUUAUUGCCACACCGCUGUCGUCCUUCUUGGCACGGCAUGUCUGCACCUUCGCCGAGCAGGAGGAACAGCUGGUGACCUUCUCCCUUCAGCACGCGGGGUGCUUCUGCUGCAGCAACGGUCACAAGCACCCCGAGACACAGAAUGCCAUGCGAUGCGACAGGGAACUGAUCAGAGACACCGUGAUCGACUGGUUUGGCGACGUGGGCAGGUUCGACAGAUUCGUCAGAAAGAAGCUGCGGAGUCACACGGUCAGGCAUGCCCAAAUUUCGUACCGUUACCUCGUACUCUGCCUCGGGUCACCCAUUUUACCCAUUUUUGGGGACAUGGUCGGCAGGGUCGCAUGUCAUUUCAGAGCAGGCCAAGGCGCCUUGGGCUGGAGGCUACUGCUUGAGCAGAUGUCCAAGGGGUUCUUGUUCAACCCGCUCAUCUUCAAUGUGGUCAUGAGGUCCUUCGCAAUGUGGUGCAAGCCUGGAAGGGCCUGCGCACGUAUGUGUGUCCUGAUCAUUCUGACCGUGACACUCGCCUACUUCCUGGUGCUGCUGUCAUGGAGGGUUCCUAUCCAUGUGUUCGACAUCUUCGGCUACAUCAUGUGAACGUUCACCUACAGCUUGGCGAUCUUGCUGAUGCCAUCUGGCUUUAUGGUGCGCGCGCGGAAACCAGACGCAAGGCUGACAUUUGACGGCCAAUUCUGCGCUAGGUUCUGUCGCUGGCCCCGCGUUCGGUGGCGGCCACGAUGUCCCACCACCCGCGCCGCCCCCAAGUAUUGAAUUCCUUUUUCUGACCUUCCUCUGACUUUGGCAAGAUGCGAUGGUGUUGCGAAACAGAAGGGGCUCAAGGACAGCUCAAACGCUUGAAAGUAAGACUUGUGGGGUG